AUGGACAAGAUCUUUAGCGCCGGCAAGGACUUUUUGGAGUCGCAGAUGCAGAACCAGGGCCAAGGACAACACAACCAGCAGCAGCAGCAGCAGAACCUGCCUCCGGGUGACAAGUCCCAUGGCGGCAACUACCCCGCCGGCGGGGGCUUCGCCCACGACGACGACGAGCUCAAGACGGCCCAGCACGAGGCCGCCAACCGCGCCGGCUCCUCGGGCAGCAGCGAGCUCUUCUCCUCGGUGCUGAGCGCCAUCGGCCAGCGCAAGGGCCAGAUUGCCAACGAGGACAUUGACGAGGAGGACGCCGUCCGCAAGCACAAGGAGCAGUACCAAAACGACUCGCGCGGCGACGAGAACAGCGUCGGCAUCGCCGCCGCCAUGCAGGCUCUCAAGAUGUUCAACCAGAACCAGGACACGGGCAAGCAGAGCCAGGGCGCGUUCCUCGGCCUGGCCAUGUCCGAGGCCAGCAAGCUCUUUGACCAAAAGGCCUCGAGCGGCCAGCUCGCCGACGGCGCCAGCAAGGAGUCGACGAUCCAAAAGGCGGGCGAGAUGGCCAUGAAGAUGUACUUUAAGAGCCAGGGCCAGCAGCAGGGCGGGCUCAUGGCCAUGGCGUCCAAGUUUAUCAAGUAG